CACACUUACAUACUGAUCGAAAAUAAUGGCAGCAGGAGGUGGUGGAAAGUCUGAUGAUGACUUUCAACCUCAUCCUGUGAAGGAUCAACUUCCCGGUGUUGAUUACUGCAUUACCAGCUCCCCCUCAUGGCCUGAAGGGAUACUACUUGGGUUUCAGAACUACCUCGUUAUGCUUGGCACCAUCGUCUUUCUUUCUACCUUACUUGUCCCUUUGAUGGGUGGUGGCAAUGUGGAGAAGGCUGAAAUGAUACAGACUCUGCUGUUUGUUGCUGCCAUUAACACUCUCUUGCAGACAUGGUUUGGAACAAGGCUUCCAGUGGUUGUGGGGGCUUCCUAUGCCUUCAUCAUUCCCGCUAUUUCUGUUGCUUUCUCCUCAAGGAUGAGUGUUUUCAUAGACCCUCACCAGAGAUUUAAACAAUCCGUGAGAGCCAUACAAGGUGCACUCAUUGUUGCGUCCGUAUUCCAAAUCAUAAUCGGCUUCUUGGGAUUCUGGAGAAUAUUUGCAAGGUUCCUUAGUCCCCUAAGUGCGGUUCCCCUUGUCACUCUUACUGGCCUUGGAUUCUUUGCGCUUGGCUUCCCAAAAUUGGCAAAUUGUGUUGAAAUUGGGCUCCCUGCAUUGCUUAUUCUGGUGAUAUUGUCCCAGUACAUUCCCCAGAUAAUGAAAUCAAGAGUAGUUGAUAGAUACUCAGUAAUAUACUCUAUUGGAAUUGCAUGGGCAUUUUCUGAGAUUUUGACUGCAGCUGGUGCAUAUAAAGGAAGAUCACCAAUUACUCAAUUGAGUUGCCGUACUGAUCGAUCCGGGUUAAUUAGUGCUGCUCCUUGGUUAAGAGUCCCAUAUCCAUUUCAAUGGGGAGCCCCUUCUUUCAAUGUUGGUGAUGCUUUUGCAAUGGUUGCUGCUUCUCUAGUUGCAAUUAUAGAGUCAACUGGGACAUUCAUUGCAGCCUCAAGAUUUGGAAGUGCAACUCCUGUUCCACCAUCUGUCCUUAGCCGUGGUAUUGGUUGGCUGGGCAUUAGUAAUCUUGUGGAUGCCUUUUUCGGCACGGCAACUGGAUCCACUGCAUCAGUUGAAAAUGCAGGACUAUUGGGUUUAACACGAGUUGGAAGUCGAAGGGUCGUUCAAAUAUCAGCAGGAUUCAUGUUUUUCUUCUCUAUAUUAGGAAAAUUCGGAGCUGUUCUUGCUUCGAUCCCAUUGCCAAUUGUAGCAGCUGUGUACUGCAUUCUCUUUGCCUAUGUAGCAUCAGCAGGCCUUUGUUUUCUUCAAUUCUGUAAUCUAAACAGCUUCAGAACAAUGUUCAUCAUUGGCUUUUCUCUCUUCAUGGGCCUUUCCGUUCCUCAAUACUUCAAUGAAUAUCUGUUAAUAUCUGGUCAUGGCCCUGUUCAUACUCGCUCCAUUGCUUUCAACAGUAUAGUGCAAGUGAUUUUCUCAUCCCCAGCAACUGUGGCAAUUAUAGUAGCUUACUUGUUGGAUUUUACCAUGAGUCGCGGCCACAGCGCAACGAGGCGUGACAGUGGGAGACACUGGUGGGGAAGGUUCAGGAACUUCGAUCAGGAUAUUAGAACCGAAGAGUUCUAUUCCCUGCCUAUGAACCUUAAUAGAUUUUUCCCUUCAUUCUGAAUACUGAACACACCAGCAUUUUAAAUUUCAAGUAUGUAUAAAACAAAAUGGCAGAUUAUAGCGUAUUAUUGGCUAGCAUUAAGGUUAGCUUUUAUUACUAAGUAAUCAUGUUUCUAUUAUGGA